ACGCGCUCACACGUAAACAUACAGCAGCAGGGCAGCGGAGAGCAGCGAGGAGAGGCAGACAGGGAAGUGAGCGGAGCAGGUGGACAGCUGUUGGUGUUCUCCACCUCUGUGUGCUUGGAUAAUUGUCAUGUUCGUGUUGCUAACCUGCAGACGAACGGAAGCACAGGAGAAGGAGAAGCGGGGGAGCGUCGACGCAAUUUAAGGGACGUUGAAAGAGAGAGACUGGCUGGGUGACGGAAGAGUGAUAAACGUUUUUUGGUUCGGUUCAAGGUGCAGCGGAGGCAGUCAGAAACCGUUACAGAGCGGCUAAACAGAGAGUAGCUCCUGUGUUAGCAGAAGAGCGUCAGGUGUGUCAAAAGAAGAGGUAGCAUGCAGGUAGGGACAGUGAGGAGGAUGGUGCAGUGUCUUGUCUGCUGGUAACGUUUCUUGUUAUCCUGCCGGACGGAAAGUGACCAUGAAGGACACGGGGGAAUCCAAGGACCAGCAAUUAACUGUUGCCUUGAGGAUCCGACCUCUCAGUGAUGCAGAGCAGGAGGAGGGCGCAACAAUCGUGGCCCACAGAGUGGACGACCAGGUGGUGGUUCUGAUGGACCCCAUGGAGGACCCUGACGAUAUCCUGCGUGCCAACCGCUCCAGGGAGAAGACGUACAUGUUUGAUGUUGCGUUUGACUACUUAGCCAGUCAGGAGGAGGUGUAUCGAGCAACAACCAAAGGGCUGAUCGAAGGCCUCAUAUCAGGCUACAAUGCCACUGUAUUUGCCUAUGGACCCACAGGUUGUGGGAAGACAUACACCAUGUUAGGGACAGAUCAGGAGCCGGGAAUCUACGUCAGGACGCUGAAUGACCUGUUUCGUGCCAUUGAGGAGACAAGUGAUGACAUGUCAUACAGCGUCUCUAUGUCUUAUCUUGAGAUCUACAAUGAGAUGAUCCGGGACUUGCUUAACCCAUCCUCUGGUUUCUUGGAUCUGAGAGAAGACUCCAAAGGUGUGAUUCAGGUCGCCGGCAUCACUGAAGUCUCUACCAUAAAUGCACAAGAGAUCAUGGAGUUGCUCAUGAAGGGCAACAAACAGCGCACACAGGAGCCGACGGCUGCCAAUAAGACGUCAUCUCGCUCCCACGCCGUGCUGCAGGUGGCCGUCAAACAGCAGAGCAGGUGUCGAGACGUACUGCAGGAGGUCCGCUUCGCACGCCUCUUCAUGAUUGACCUCGCUGGCUCUGAACGAGCAGCACAGACUCAGAAUCGGGGCCAGCGAUUAAAAGAGGGGGCCCACAUAAACCGCUCCCUGCUGGCUUUGGGAAACUGCAUCAACGCCCUCAGUGACAAAAAUGGCAACAAAUACGUCAACUAUCGAGACAGCAAGUUGACUCGACUACUGAAGGACUCAUUGGGCGGGAACAGCCGGACGGUCAUGAUCGCCCAUAUUAGCCCCGCCUCUGUGGCGUUUGAGGAGUCUCGUAACACGUUGACGUAUGCUGACCGUGCCAAAAGUAUUCGAACACGGGUAAAGAAGAAUCUGAUAAAUGUGUCGUACCACAUCGCUCAGUACACAAACAUCAUUGCAGACCUUCGCAGCGAGAUCCAGCGGCUCAAGGAGAAGAUUGCAGAUCAGGCGAGCCGCCAACUAAACUCAGACCGCGCUGACAUCCGAAAUGUCCAAGCCGAGGUCCAGGCCCACUCCAGUCAGCAGAGUAGAGCAGAGAUGGACCAGCUGAGGGAACAGCUCCUGGAUGCUUUCCGCCAACAGAUGGAGAUCAGAAGGAGCCUGAUGGAGCUAGAAAAUAGCAACAUGGAGAUCCAGAUCGACACCUCCAAACACCUGCUGACCAUUGCAGACUGGGAGCAGGAGCGGAGUCGGCGCAGGAGGAAGUGGCGAGCUGAGAGGAGGAAGGAAAGUGUCCACAAAGAUGACAGUGAAAAGGACUCGGACUCUCCAGAGUCUCCUCCUGACAGUUCAGAGACGCAGCAGGUAGCGAUGGCCCGAGAGAACCUGGUUACUCUCAUGGCUGAACAGAAAAGGAUCAACAAACAGAAAGCGUUACUGGAGCGCAGGUUUCUGGAGCUCCGUGAUCGGGCCCGGCGCCUGGAGGAGCUGCUGCCCCGGCGGGUGAGCUCAGAGGAGCAGCGGGAGGUGCUGGGUCUCCUCUGUAAGGUCCACGAGCUGGAGAUUGAAAAUGCAGAGAUGCAGUCCCACGCGCUGCUAAAAGAUAACGUCAUCAGGCACAAAGACUUUGUGGUGCAGCGCUUCGAGCAGCACAGACACCUGUGUGACGAGAUCAUUCAGCAGCAGAGACAGUUCAUUGAUGACCACAGUCUGUUAGUUCCUCCACAUCUCCAGGAGCUCUACGACAUGUAUAUGAGGGAGCUGGAUGAGAGGAAACUGGACAGAGCCAUGGCACUGGAAAAAGUGACCACCAGACACACCAUCAAGGAGGGCUCUUUACCCAGGAUCACUCUACCCGGUCAGUGUCGUGACAAUAUGCAGGAAAUGGACUCGGACCAGGAAAGCGUGCGCAAUAUGUACUCCGAUAACAGACGAGGCCAAACCAAAACCCGUAGACACACUUUGCCCCCCAUUCUGCCUGAGCCUGAGCUGGACAGUAACAGGGUUUUUAAGAACAGCCCUCAUGCCAGGCAGAUGAAAAACUCAGUUGUAAUGACUCCACCCCCGAUCCACAUUAACGGGAAGGGCAACAGAGAGCUGCAGCCGCUGGCUCAUGAGGGCUGUCUAAGCUACAGCCACCUCAGCCACAGUGUGAGCAGCCACCUGGACUCAUCGCCAGAGAGCAGCGAGGCUGGGGCUGAAAUAGCUCUGUCAAGACGCGAACGACAGCAGAUCCUUAAGGGGGUCCAAAAUAUUGUAGUUAAAGCUGCCCGUCGCCGUUCCAAAGCCCUGGAGGUGGAUGCGUUGCGGUUGCCCCUACCUCUCUCUCCUCUGGACCCCAAAAAGCAGAAGAGCAGCCUCUCUCUGAGCGAGGAGCCCCCUUCAGGCCUGCCAAUGCGGCGCGGCAGACAGCCCAGCCCCGAGCUCAGACACGCCACCUCUGACGACAACCUGUCCAGCAGCACAGGAGAAGGGUCCAGCCUCCAGGUGACCUGGACACGGCCACGAAACCGUCAGGUCAACAACAAGAACCAGACGCCAAGGGAUGUGGACUUUGAGGCGCGACGCAAAAAGAGGCGCUCUCGAUCUUUUGAGGUUACUGGUCACGCAUUGCCUCAGACCAAGACCACCACCGCUCAGAGGUUCCGCCCUCUGGACAGCACAUCAGACACCCAUCUUCUCAACAACCCUCUGCCCCAGGCCCCUCUGCUCCGUCCUCAGUUCAGAGGGGUCCCCCCUAUCGCCAAAGUCAGGGCUCCUCUGAACAACCAGCAAACAGAGUCCUCCACAGUCCACAUGAACAACAUGAAGCGAGGGCCUCAGCUGCGACAGCCCCAGCCCCUCCUCUACAUCACCACCACGGGCACCGGGGGCCAGCGAACACGCAGACACUGAGCCACUACUCACUUUGAUCCCAAACACCAGCACUAACAUCCACACCAGCCAAGCCAGCAGGGGAAAGUCAGCUCCAUUAAAUGAACAGUUAACCCUUGAGUGACUGAUAUCAGGCAAGACUGUGAGGCAGUCUGAUUCGAAUGAAUAGAUAACAGCUGUAAACCUCCAUACAAGUCUGUUUUGUGCUUGAUUGUGGACACUGAGGAUAGCUUAACAUACACUGUGUUCACUGCUUGCUAUCGUGCUGAAUUUUGUUAUUGUCAAGUCUAGAUGGUGUCAAGCUCUCACUAUGAAUGCAACACGGUACUGAUGUUUGUGCUUUACAGUGGGUUUGGUCAUAUUCGGUGCUUGUUAUUGAGGCCAGAUACUAAAAAUGAAGUUAAUGUGGGAUGUUUAUGAAGGUCUGUUAGAUUGAUCUUUCCUCUCGGCUCUCACUGAGGGUAUUAAAAUUGUGGCUAUUCAAAAACUGUCAAUAAGAAAUCCUGCUAUCUUAUUUAACCCUAGAAAAUUUGUGGGAUUUUUCUUCAGUUGAAUAGCAUACUAUUUUUUCAGCACAAUCAUUCUUUGUUUUGAUUGUCAUGCACUUAUGGAUUCAGACUGAAUGUUUUUUUUCUUACAAAACUUGUUUCUAUGCCUUUUUCUCCACAAAUGUGUCUGUAAAAUAUGUCUGUGUAGAUGUAUAGUACAACAGGUUGCUUUUUCAGAUUAGCGUGCUGUAUUUUUAAGGAAUUAUUUAACUGUUGCCUUUUGUUUUAUUUUGUUUUCAUAAUUAAACUUUCUAUGUUUUAUUUUGUAUAUUUUUUAA